UAAAAUAGCAAAAAUCUGAAAUAAUUAUGUAUUAAUGUGUAGUGUAAAUCAAUUUAGAUGAGUUUUUAGACGUUUUAGUGAUUUGCCAUUGUUACUCUCAUAACUUCACAGUCUGUUAAAGUUGGUAACUUUAAAACAGACAUUAUCUUACUCGAUACCUUUACCGGUUAUCUUUGAUAAGAAAGAGAAUGAGUACGUUAUUACUCUUAAUUUCAUAACAUAUGUUCAUCUAUUGACCAUUGAAACAUACUUAAACAUUGUUGUGAGUGGUGAUUAUCAGCAAAAUGCCUUUUUACUCCUGUAACCGAUACAGGAUGGUUGUAAUCAUAAUGCUAGGUCUAAUAGCGUGGCAAAUAUACAUGUUGACUCGCGACAAACCUAGCAUCCAACUGACCGAGAGUAAUAUCAUUGAACUCGAGGAUGAUAAGUUUAAUAAGCAUAUUAAGGAUAAAGUGAAGGCUCGGAUCUACUAUGAAGCAUUAUGCCCGGACUCAAAACACUUUUUUGUGAAACAUUUAGGACCAGUUUCUAAAAAGUUAUCUGACUUUGUUCAUAUUACUUUAGUUCCCUAUGGAAAAGCUAGUACAAAGGAAGAAAAUGGAGAGUAUUACUUUAUUUGCCAACACGGAGAAGAAGAGUGCUAUGCAAAUAAGGUUCAUGCAUGCGCUAUAGAUAUUUUGAAAAAUAGCACGCUGUCUGUUGAAGUUACGGAGUGUAUGAUUAUUGAUAAUAUGGAUGCUGACAGUGCUCUUUAUAGGUGUGCAAAACAAUAUAACUUGGAUCCAGAGCCAAUCAAGAUUUGUGCAACUCACAGACUGGGAUCUGCUUUACUGAAGAAACAUGGAGACGACACUAGCAUUAUCAACCCAAAGUUUAUACCUACAAUCACAUUAAAUGGUUCUAAAGACAACCAGAGAGCAAUCUUGAAGAAUUUCCUUCUUGAGAUUUGUAAAAUGAUUGAUAUGCCGCUUCCUCCGCCAUGCUUGUGACCAUUGGAAAGUAAGAAAAAUAUUUUUACAAAACACUUACUACAAGAAAAUUAGUCGUACUUACAAUGUAACAGUACAUAACAUUUGCUCAAGUUGACUUAGGUCUGCUCUCCGUAUUGAGAUAAAUCUGAGUAGUAUUUUUAAAUUACAACCCAUUCUUUAUUAAUGGUGAUUGUAGAAUUACGACACUUUUAAUAAUGUAAGAACUUUGUAAUAUGUAAAACAUUGUGUUCCUAAAUAAUAUUAAGUUUAUAGGUAGUAUGAAGUAGGAUGGGGUACCUAAGAUGCAUUUUGUAAGAGCAUAAAACUCUUGUCCUUUGGCAAACAAGAAGUAUUAAAUUAAAAAUUUUAGGCACCUCAUGUUGAUGAGGUACCUAGAAAUAUAAUAAGUACCAAUACAAUACCAAAACAUAUAUUUUGGCUUGACCAUUCUAUAUUUAUUAACUCGCAAACAGGAGUUCAUAUCUAAACUCUGAUGCUUUUUGUAUAAAUAUUUAAAUCAACUUAGUUAACUAUGAGGCUUCAAAUGAUCAUUUUAAAUUAAACCAUUUUUUUU